AUGGAAGAUCUGUAUUCAACGCGAUAUCGCAAAGCGAGGAGUGGUCUCUCGGUUCCAGUAUCGAGACAUCUUAUGGAGCUGUCUCUGGAACAUUUUACCAAACAAAUAGACUUCGAGGACAUCAAGAAUUUGGAUGCAGUAAUCCAGCGAUUCCAAAAUGCCCUUGGCCUCGGUAAUGACGAUCUUGCACGAGCCAUGGACUUCCACAAUCUCGGUCGCAGUUACGCCAAUCGAUUUGCACUGUCGGAUGAGAUGUCUGACCUCGAAAAAAGCAUCGAGAACUACCAAUCAGCUGUUAAUAUCACACCGCCAGAGGCUUCAUCACGGAUACCCAACCUGACUGAUCUGGCCGUGGCUGUCCACCUAAGGGCUGUGAUAUCACCCGAUGCGACCUUUGUGGACGAUUCUACGCAACUACUCGAAGACCUCUUAGAGAAAAAAGGCCACCAGGAUCAUCUACCAUUCCAUCUGCGAGGCAUCUUAGCCGAAUUCUACCAACUGAGAUGGGACCACCAUUCGGAAGAAAGCAUCGAUGAUUUGAGUAAUUCUAUACAUCAUUUUGUACAAUUGUUGAAUCUGAUACCAAGAAAUGAUCCUCAACGUCGGCAAGUUCUUGUCAGCUUGGGAAGAAUGUAUCUUAGGCGUUUCGAGGAUGUUGAAGAUUUCGAAGAUUUAGAUAUGUCAUUAAAGCUACUCCAAGAGGCGGAACAGAUUUCUGCUAAAGAGGAUACGAGUGACCUGGAUAGAGCCGGUACCCUCCAGGACCUAGGAAAGGCCUUUCAGAAUAGAUUCUAUCGAUUGGGAGAGUUAGGAGACGUCGAGUCAUCGAUAAGUUUCUAUUCAGCGGCUCUAAGCGUUAUUCCAGUAAACUCAUCGCCCGCCAAGCGGAUAUUUUAUCUACUAUUAGCACUUGCAUCCGGCUAUGCAGACAGGUAUGAAGUGCUUGGGUCGAUAGCAGAUCUUGAUAUCUCAAUCCGAGUGGUCAAGAAAGCCCUUCAACCUGUACCGCAAGACGAUGCUCUCCAGGCUUCAGGAAAUGGAAGGUUGGGAAUUAAAUAUGCUAUAAGGUUUGGCCGAACAAGUGAAUCGGCAGAUAUCAACCAAUCUGUACUGAGGUUUCGGAAAGCCUUGGAAUUGAAAGCAAAUGAUGAAAGAACCAUCAUUGGCGUAUCAGAAAUGUUGGCACAUUCAUUGAUGAAGACAUACGAAAUAACAGGGUGUAACGAUUCCUUUGAAGAAUCUAUUCAAAGGGUCAAAUAUGCUCUCUCUGCCAGUAAAGAUCAGGGUAAAAAGGUCCAGGCUGGGCUUUUCCAGAAUCUAUCAAGCUCAUACAUCGCCAGGUACGGAAAGGAAGAAACGUGGGAAGAUCUUGAAGCAGCGAUCAGCUACGGUCGGACUUCCGUGGAUCUUCUCCCCAGAGGCGACCUAGACCUACCACGCUCUCUGCUCUCCCUAGGCUUGAUCUACAUCACCAAGGCAGACAGAACAAGAUCAGAGGCUGACUAUGAAACUGCAAUUCAAACAGAGCAGAAGGUUGUGGAUCUGACUCCGAAUGAUAGUCAGCAUAAGUGUUCUCGGCUGAACAGACUUGGGUACCAAUACGGCCGGCGUUUCCUGAGACUCCAGAUGGCAUCAGAUCUGAAGGCUGCAAUCGGAAUACAUGAACAAGCAUUCAAGCAUCCCCAUGCUCCCGUGCGGGACCGAAUAAUCGCUGGAAGGGCUUACGCUACUUUCCUCGUGGAUGCCGACUUUGCAAUGAAAGUUUACACUGCUAGCAAUGCAGCUUCCAGUGAUCGAGCCAAAGGUGAAGAGACUUAUGGGAAAUCAUUGGCAAAAAUUCACGAUGCUAGCAUUGCCUACGAAAUCGCAACUGAAACACUCUCUCUGCUAUCUCAACUAACUCCAUGGUCAUUGGAGGUCUCGGAUAAGCAAGAGUUACUAAAGCGGAUUUCCGGAUUGUCAGCUCUCAUGGGAGUAGUCUCAUUGACUGCAAACAAGAGUCCAUCCAAGGCAAUUCAGAACCUCGAACUGGCCAGAGGUGUCAUUAUCAGCUCUAUGAGUAAUCUUCGCGUUGAUGUCCUCGACCUCAAGACAUCACAUCCAAAAUUAUCGGAAGAAUUUGUUCAACUUCGUGAUCAAUUAGAUACUGGCUCUAUACAGAUCAACGGAUUUGCAAACCCACGUCACGAGGCUGGCCGGAAGCUGGAAUCUACAAUUAGGAGUAUCCAGAGCCUGCCCGGUUUCAGCAGUUUCUUAUUGCCCCCAGGCGAGGAUGAGUUGAUGUCGGCUGCAGCUUGUGGGCCGGUAGUGAUUAUCAAUCUGCAUUACACCCGGUCAGAUGCCUUGAUAAUUCAAAAUAGAACGAUGUGGUCAGUAGAGCUACCUAAAUUAGACUACUUCGAUGUCUGGGAGUUCUCAGCGAGGCCUGAAAUCGACCGUGAUAUACUGGAAUGGUUAUGGGAUACUACCGCUGGCCCGAUACUCGAGUCGCUAGGCUAUCUUGGAGUGCCUGCUGGCUCUUGCUGGCCUCGGGUUUUCUGGAUUCCAACUGGCUCACUGUCAUUCUUCCCCAUACAUGCAGCAGGAUACCACUAUCCCGGCUCAACGAGAACGGUGAUAGACCGUGUGAUCUCAAGUUACAGCUCCUCGGUGAGAGCUCUUAUCAAUAGCCGGCGUGCCAAUAGGGUACCCGCAUCGCAGCAACCCGGAAAGGCUGUUCUAGUCGGAGUGCAGGAGCUCUAUCAUGCCCCAGAGGAGAUCCAGAAACUUGAGAAAUUGUGUGCCGAAAUGCACAUGGAUAUAGAACGGCCAAAUCCCUACCGCGACCAAGUUCUUGCCAAGCUAGCUGAGUGUGAGAUCUUCCACUUUGCAGGCCACGGAAAUACUCACCCCCUCGACCCGUCUAGGAACUCAUUAGUUAUGAAAGACGCACCACUGACAGUCCAAGAUCUCUUCAACCUAAAACUCCAAGAGAGAGCCCCGUUUCUCGCCUAUCUCUCGGCAUGCAGCACGGGUCGUGUUGAGGAUGAAGAGCUCCUAAACGAAGGGCUUCACUUGAUCGGCGCGUGCCAGCUAGCUGGCUUCAGGAACGUCAUAGGGACGUUGCGAAAGGUGAAUGAUGGGAUUUGUGUCAAGGUAGCGGAGAUGACUUAUAGAUGGAUCAAAGACUGUAACUCUACUGACCAGUCUGUUGCCGAGGGGCUCCACCGCGCCACUAGGAUUCUUCGUGAUCAGUGGAUGGUCGAUGAUGGGGCUGAUGAACCUACACGCAGUGAUGCGAAAUCGAAAGGAACUAUCAAGGACAAGAAGAGUCGAGUGAUUAGAUCAAGGGGCAGAACUCAAAGAUCUGGACUGAAGCGAGGAAGAGACAUGUUGAGAUGCGAUGAAGAACCGCUAUACUGGGCCCCAUUUGUUUAUUUUGGUAGUUGA